UGUAACCUACUUUAACAGGACUAGGCCAAAGAGCAGAUAUGAUCAAAUGAUACGAUUAUUGCCUUGUUUGUACAGGUCAGUGGUAAGUGUAGAAUCAGGGGAACACAGAGAAAGUUCUUGAACAGUCAUUAGAGAGAGAUGAACUGUUGAACUGAGGAGGAGGAGGAGAAAGGACAAGUGGUCAGGUGGUUUGAGGAGAGGGAAGAGGAGGAGGAGAGAGAUAGUCUGUUCUUCUUGUGUCAGAUAAAAGAGAGCCAUAUUCCAUCUCUGAGUUGUCAGGCUUCAGGACUGCAGAGUGGAGAGACUGCAGAGUGGAGAUUGGACAGAGUGGAGAUUGGACAGAGUGGAGAUUGGACAGAGUGGAGAUUGGACAGAGUGGAGAUUGUACAGAGUGGAGAUUGGACAGAGUGGCAGUUACUGUGUGCUAUGGGAUUACAGGAGAUUUAAUGGAGAAAUCACAGCAUCAGAUGAGCCCUGUGAAGAUCUGAAACCACAUAGCAGCCCCAGCCUGAGCCCCAAUAUGGACAACGAGAUCACCGCCAAGGAGAGAGGAGUACUGGAGGAGAAUAACGAAAAGGAGACGAUGGACAGAUAUCAGGAGGAGGAGGAGGAGGUAGAGGAGGAGGAGGAGGAGGAGGAGAAGGGUAGGAGGGAGCAGCUGGAGCCUCUGUCUGAGGAGCAGGAGCUGGAGGAGUUGAGGAGUCAGGUGCUGCAGCUCCUCCUGGAGUUAGAAGGGGCCCGGGAGAUAUCCAACAAACACCAGGAGGCUUUCCACGAGCUGCAGGGUCUAUUGGAGGAUGAGCGUUUGACCAGUGCUCAUCAGGCAGAAGCCUUCGCACGACAGGUCCACAACCUGCAAGCCCAGCUGCGUUUGGUACAGGAGGAGAUUGAGUCUCUGGAGGAGGAGAAAAAGAGCGAACUGAUUGAGGCCCACGAGGAGCUACGCCUGGCCCAGGAGGAGGUGCAACUGCUGCAGCAGGCGGCAGAGGAGUCGGCAGCUGAGAGGGAGAACGACAUCGCCUCCCUACAGGAGGAGCUUUGUCGCCAUCAGGCCGAGCUGGGGAGGCUCAACGAGGAGGCACAGGAGUACGAGCUGGAGAUCACCACGCUCCGUGCCGAGAUCAGCAUGAAGAGUCAGAGGAGAGAGGAGGAGAGGAGAGGAGGAGACGUAGAAACACUGAAGCAGGAGUGUGUCACAUUGAGGGAGGAGUGUGAGACAUUGAAGAAUGACAACAGACGUCUGACUGAGAGACUACAGCUGCAGAGGACAGGUUCCAACAGCCACCUGUCCCUAAAGGAGGAUGAAGAGGACACCGGGAUCGGAGUGGGCACAGAGAUGGGGGGCAUCAUGGCUGAGAGCUACAUGACCAUGGCAGACUGCCAGUCAACGGGCACAGGCACCAACUGCCGCCUGAAGGACGUGUCCAUUCAGAAGAACAUCUCGUUCGAUGGGAAGCCCAUGACCCCCACCGGCUGGAAUGGAGGAUUUGGGGAGAUCGUCUCACUAAGGGACCAGCUGAAACAAGCUGAGGAGAAGGCCUCACUGGUACAGAGACAGUUUGCUCUACUCUGUCUCUCUCAGUGUGAUGGUUUGAAGACAGAGCUGAGGGAGCUACAGGUGCUAUAUGACUGCAGCCAGAGGGAGAGGGCGGGGAUGGAGGAGGAGCUACUGCGCUGCAAGGCAGAGUUGGAGAGGCUGGCUGGAGGGGGGCAGAGCUACAUCCAUUCGUCUGAGUCUCCUGUUCUCUCCAUCCCCUUCAUAGGAAUAAUUGUAAUAUUGGGAGUGGUUUGGUGCUGGUUGUCCGAGCUGGCGUCACAGAAAGCAAGGGGUGUGAUAUAGGACGGAACCCUAUUCUGACUGUCACCGCGGCAACAGCUGUGCUUCUGAUUCGUGGCUAGCUUGUUGAGAGGCCCGAUGUUGAGCAGGUCAGAUCAGUGACAAGUUACACCGACAAAGGCGGUAAUGUCUGCUUAUAGACAACUACCCUCCAUCCCCACCCCCUUUUCACAUCGAUCUGGGACGAACAACAGAUCACACGCCAUUCCUCCAAUUCAUCGCUAGGAAGAGGAAAUUCAGAUGACAACUGUUCAGAAAACAGGAGCAUGUUGAAAAUGGAAAACUUCAGAAAACAGGAGAUAAGUGUGCUCAUAGUUCUGAUGGAAAAGAUGGACUCCUUUUCUCUCCUGUUCUGGGGGACACAGGUCUUCAUGAAGCUGAGAACAGAGGGUGGAUACUUACAUUUAAUUGGAUAGUACCUUUCCCGCAUAAAUCUAACUGGUUCUGUCCCUGUGACAUCUCAUUCUGUCUCUGUCUCUCUGUCUGUCUCACGGGUCUUGACUCUGGGGCGGCAGGGUGGCCUAGUGGUUAGAGUGUUGUACUAGUAACCAGAAGGUUGCAAGUUCAAAUCCCCAAGCUGACAAGGUACAAGUCUGUCGUUCUACCCCUGAACAGGCAGUUAACCCACUGUUCCUAGGCUGUCAUUGAAAAUAAGAUUUUUUUUCUUAACUGACUUGCCUAGUUAAAUAAAGGUCAAAUAAAUAUGGGACGCAAUUGGUCCUGAGUUUAAAUGUCUCAUACUACUCUUAUACAACUCUCAUCUUGUAUUUUACUAAAUGUAAUUAUUAAUAUGGUAAUUGAUUGCUCAUCUUUUAACAAGAACCACCUCUGCAUCUUGCACAUUUUGCUGAAUUAAAAACUCUUAAAUAAAAAAUAAAAAAAAAUCCACAUGAUGUUGUAAAUAAGUCCUAGUAGAAUCUUUCUGAAAAUAGAAUUAUAUCUACACGUGUAAUUCAUUAUUUAAAGGAAUAUGCCGAAUACGUGAAAUAAUUUAAUGUCUGUGCCCGUGUCUUGUGAAUAGCUCACACCUUGGGGAUUUUUCUCAAUUAGAAUGAAAUGAAUAAUGAAGACUUAGUAUAGAGUUCUAGUUCUAGAGUGACAGAUGCUUUUCCCCAAGGCAAUAGUUAAUUUAUAAAGCAUACGCUCUAAAAUAUUUUCUCAUUCAUUUACAUUUACUUUAAAAACACAAUGAGCGUUCCAGAUGUCCUACCUACAGUGAAUUUGUUAAUUAGUGAGGAUGUUUAAUCUGGGUUUUCAGAGUUGUGUAAAUGCCUAUUUGUUAUGGUGUCCUCAUUAAAGGGGGAAGUGUGUGCUAGUCUAGCAGCUGUUCUAAUGCACCUGUCAGUCCUAGCCCGGUGUUUCAAGUCUAUGUUUAACCAACCAUCUCACCCACAUACCAGUGUCCUGGCUAUUUUUGUCCACAGUCACAGUCACUUCUUUUAUUUACUGAACUUAACUUAGUGCACCGUCAGACAGACUUGGGUUGAAAUACUAUUCUCAAAUCAUUUCAAAAACCCUUAUCGGUGUUUGAUUGAGCUUCCUGAUUUAAUGGCAAACCCCACCCAUCUGCCACUCCAGGCAGGCUAAGGAAAACACUGAAAGCAUGUGAAGGAGUUAGACAUAGUAUUUGAUCCCAGGUGUGUCGUCGGUAGAGUAUGCAUGGCUUCUGACUGCUUUGUCAUGCAGUGACUGUAUAAUUAUCCACCCAAAUAUGUCAAGUUAGCACGCCCAGUCUGUAUUUUCUUCUUCUUCCACAUCCCAGACUACACAUCCCAGACUACACAUCCCAGCUCACAUCUCACACUACACAUCCCAGACUACACAUCCCAGCUCACAUCCCAGACUACACAUCCCAGCUCACAUCCCAGACUACACAUCCCAGCUCACAUCCCAGACUACACAUCCCAGACUACACAUCCCAGACUACACAUCCCAGACUACACACCCCAGACUACACAUCCCAGCUCACAUCCCAGACUACACAUCCCAGACUACACAUCCCAGACUACACAUCCCAGCUCACAUCUCACACUACACAUCCCAGACUACACAUCCCAGCUCACAUCCCAGACUACACAUCCCAGCUCACAUCCCAGACUACACAUCCCAGCUCACAUCCCAGACUACACAUCCCAGACUACACAUCCCAGACUACACAUCCCAGCUCACAUCCCAGACUACACAUCCCAGACUACACAUCCCAGACUACACAUCCCAGCUCACAUCUCACACUACACAUCCCAGACUACACAUCCCGGCUCACAUCCCAGACUACACAUCCCAGCUCACAUCCCAGACUACACAUCCCAGCUCACAUCCCAGACUACACAUCCCAGACUACACAUCCCAGACUACACAUCCCAGCUCACAUCCCGGACUACACAUCCCAGCUCACAUCUCACACUACACAUCCCAGACUACACAUCCCAGCUCACAUCCCAGACUACACAUCCCAGCUCACAUCCCAGACUACACAUCCCAGCUCACAUCCCAGACUACACAUCCCAGACUACACAUCCCAGACUACACAUCUCAGACUACACAUCCCAGACUACACAUCCCAGACUACACAUCCCAGACUACACAUCCCAGCUCACAUCCCAGACUACACAUCCCAGCUCACAUGCCAAGCAUGGCCACACUGUCUCUGAUAUGCCUUUGACCAGUUCACCCGUGAAGUCUGUUUUUUUUAAAAGAGUCUCACAGUAGGAGUUCUGAUCUUGGAUCAGUUUGAACUUUGGGAUCAUAAUGAACAACAUCACAUGGAGGUGGACGGGGGUCGGGGAGGACUGACCCUAGAUCAGCACUCCUAACCCAAGAUGCUUUAUGGAUAUUUUUAACACAUUAACUGUAUAUGUGUCAUGUUUCGAUAGUGUGAUCUAUGUAUUUGAAUAUACUGUAGCAGCUUUUCAUACAACAGACAAAGAACAGCGAAUAUUUAACAUUGAGCUUGUGAAUGUUUCAAAAUACCUAAUGUACACACUAUUCAUAACUGAAUUGUUUCUGUACUUUUUAAUCUACUAACACCUUCUUAAAUGUGGAGAGAAAGGAAUGUGUUUUUUAUAAGGGGGAUGGAUUUUCUUGGCUUGGGUUGGUCUUUCCACAUGUUCUGAAAUGUCAUUUAAAAUUGUUUUUGUUUUUUUCUCGAAGGUACACAGCUAGAGAAUGUUGACGGUCAGCAUUCCAUAGUUGAAUGAUGCUUGUGAACAUACCAGAGAUAGGAUAUUUAAUUUGUGCUGUGUCUGGUCGUACGUGAUGGUAUGCCGGUGUGUGGGAACAGACGAUUGGUAGACCAUGAGGCAGUUUGAUUGCAGAAGGCA